GGCUGGAAAGUGAGAGAGAGAGAGAGAGAAUCUGCAGGCGAAGUUGAAAGAAGUGGGAGCAGAUGAGAUGAUGAACAACGCGCUAGAGAAGCUGAAAGAAGUGCUUCUGAUGUUGGAGAACUUUGGUGGGUAUUUCAUGGGUUGGUUUGACAAGGUGUUUACACGAGAGAGAGAGACCAGAGGAAAGCAACUACACCACUGGCUCCAAGUUAAUUAUAAGCCCUUUGUUAUCACUGGGUUGGUUUUGCUGGUGACCCUUUGGAUUUGCACCAAAUGUUGCUGCCAAAGAAAUAAGGCGGUCAAGACCAUGAAAGCUCCAGGGAGGAACCAUAGGAUGUCAAGGUCUUCCUUUGAGAGUGACCCCAAAUCAUACUUUCGUGGUCUUCGUGGAAAGAAUUAAACUUUUCUUUAUCAUCUUCUUCAAUUUCCUUUUCAUUUAAUCUUGUUUUUAAUUAUUGUUAUUUCAGAUUUGGAGUGAUCUUAAAUUCUCUCCUACAUAUGAUUGUGUAAUGGCUGGAAAUGACUUGAUACUUAUGUAAUGCUGUUUUGUGUUUGAAGGAUUAUGUGGUUGUUUGAAGCCUGUAAAACUUUCAUAAACUUUUUGUUAAUUUUCCAUGUGCAUUUGCUAUUUUGUAUGUGUACGGAUAUGGGAUAUUAAGUCUCUUACAUGGUUUGGCUUCAUCUGGAUAUAUGGUUAUUGAAGUAUAAUGGUUUUG